CAACACGUAACAGGACAACACGUGACAGGACAACACAUGACAGGACAACACAUGACAGGACAACAUGUGACAGGACAACACGUGACAGGACAACACGUGACAGGACAACAUGUGACAGGACAACACGUGACAGGACAACAUGGGACAGGACAACACGUGACAGGACAACACGUGACAGGACAACACGUGACAGGACAACAUGGGACAGGACAACAUGUGACAGGACAACACGUGACAGGACAACACGUGACAGGACAACACGUGACAGGACAACACGUGACAGGACAACAUGGGACAGGACAACAUGUGACAGGACAACAUGUGACAGGACAACACGUGACAGGACAACACGUGACAGGACAACACGUGACAGGACAACAUGGGACAGGACAACACGUGACAGGACAACACGUGACAGGACAACACGUGACAGGAAAACAUGGGACAGGACAACAUGUGACAGGACAACACGUGACAGGACAACACGUGACAGGACAACACGUGACAGGACAACACGUGACAGGACAACACGUGACAGGACAACAUGGGACAGGACAACAUGUGACAGGACAACAUGUGACAGGACAACACGUGACAGGACAACACGUGACAGGACAACACGUGACAGGACAACACAUGACAGGACAACAUGGGACAGGACAACAUGGGACAGGACAACACGUGACAGGACAACAAGUGACAGGACCACACAUGACAGGACCACAUGUGACAGGACAACACAUGACAAGACAACACGUGACAGGACAACACGUGACAGGACAACACGUGACAGGACAACACGUGACAGGACAACAUGGGACAGGACAACAUGUGACAGGACAACAUGUGACAGGACAACACGUGACAGGACAACACGUGACAGGACAACAUGUGACAGGACAACACGUGACAGGACAACACAUGACAGGACAACAUGUGACAGGACAACACGUGACAGGACAACAUGGGACAGGACAACAUGUGACAGGACAACAUGUGACAGGACAACACGUGACAGGACAACACAUGACAGGACAACAUGUGACAGGACUAUAUGUGUCAUGACAGACGGUUGAACCCAUAACAGGACACAUGAUGUGACAUGACGAAAAAUGUAACGUGACAACACACAACUUGACGUAACACGUGACAGGACCACACAUGACAGGACAAGACAUGACAUGACAAGACAUGACAUGGCAACACAUGACAUGGCAACACAUGACAGGACAACACGUGACAUGACAAUGCAUGACAUGGCAACACAUGACAUGGCAACACAUGACAGGACAACACGUGACAUGACAAUGCAUGACAUGGCAACACAUGACAUGGCAACACAUGACAGGACAACACCUGACAUGACAAUGCAUGACAUGGCAACACAUGACAGGACAACACGUGACAUGACAAUGCAUGACAUGGCAACACGUGACAGGACAACACCUGACAUGACAAUGCAUGACAUGGCAACACAUGACAUGGCAACACGUGACAUGACAAUGCAUGACAUGGCAACACGUGACAGGACAACACCUGACAUGACAAUGCAUGACAUGGCAACACAUGACAUGGCAACACGUGACAGGACCACACGUGACAGGACAACACAUGGCAACACGUGACAGGACCACACAUGACCUGGUUUGAAUAAUGCAUGUCCGACUUGCCCUAGUUCAGUCUGCCCAACAGCUGAGCUACUCUUCUGUCCUACUGUACUGACACUGCUUGAACUGGAUCAGCUUGUGGAUUGCAGUUUAAUAUGGAAGACACUUCCCCAGUGUACCAGACUUAGUGUAGUGAAUAUUGUCCAUGCUGCAGCUAGCAUGCACACUGUCAUGCACAAAUAGACUAUUCAUGUUGUGAUGCACAUAACCAUCCGCCUGAGUUGCAGGAGCAUCUAUAUACAUAUAAUAAGCAGGGAAAUGGUGUAUAUAUAUGUAUAUAUGUAUGUAGGCUGAAUGGGAUCCAAGGUGUGAGGCUGAUACAAUCUCAUUAAAAUCAGAUCUUAGUUUUUGC